AUGAUGAGAGCUCCACCACCCAUUGCCGCCGCAGCAGGGAGGUUUCUCCAUGAGAUUGACAGAGAAUACGGCGGCGAGCUUUUCCGACAUGAUGAUCACGUCAUCAUCAAUAUCAAUGAAGAAGGAGGGGAGGAGUGGGAAGUUGGAGGAGGUGGUGGUGAUGACGACAUUAUUAAUAAUAUUCCUAGACUCGUGUCUAUCGGCCCUAACCAUUAUGGAAAUCCCAGCCUUUCAAAAAUGGAAACUCACAAAACAAACCUUCUUCAUCUUCAAUCCAGGAAAUGGAAUUCCCACAUGGAACCAUCCCUCAGAAUGGCUUUGCAAGGACUGGAAGGGAGGGCUAGGAAUUGCUAUCCUCCUCAUAUUUCCAACCAUCUGGAUAGGGAUACAUUCGUGAACAUGAUGCUCAUAGACUCCUUCUUCCUCAUCAACCUCUUCAUGGAUUAUGCCAAAUUUUGCAAGGGUGGUGACGGAGGAUUACUCAACAACAAUGGUGUUUUCAGAGGGCGUAGGGUGCUGCCAAAAAUUUCCCAAGAUUUACUAAUGCUAAAGAAUCAACUCCCAUUUUUCAUUCUUGCCAAAGUUUAUGUUAUACUCACCAAUAACCAAUCUUCACCAGAUUCUUUGAAGAAGUUGGCGCUUCAAUUCUUCAAACAAUUAGUCCCUUUUGGGAAAGUGGCAAUAAUAAUGGCAGAUAAUAAUGAUGACAGUUCUAGCCCAAAAACCCCCAAACAUUUACUGGAUCUGUUUCACAGCAGUUUUGCUAAUGUGGGCAGACAAGAACACAACAUAACAUCAUCAUCAUCAUCGAAACAUAAAAUGGAAGAAACAACUAAGUUUUGGGUAAACAGUGCUUCGACACUAAGGUCUAAUGGGGUUACAUUUGCUGGAACCAAAUCUGGGAAGCCACUGGACAUUCAGUUUAGCAGCUGGCUAGGAGAGCUGAGAAUUCCAACGUUUUGUAUUGACGACAAAAACAUCAUCGUCCUCAAGAAUUUGUUGGCAUACGAGCAAAGCUCACGUGAAGUGAAGCCCUAUUUCACUUGCCUAGCAGUGUUCUUCUCCAACAUCGCCGCCACAAAGGGCGACGUCAAGAUUCUGAGGGAGGCAGGGAUCAUCCGACACCAUCUUGGUAACGAUGAAAAGGUUGUCGGUCUCUUCCAUGAACUCUACAACACCAUUGAGUGCAGCUCAAGGGACGAUUGCCUGAUCAAAUGUCAACUUCACCGUAUCAACAGAUAUGUGACAUCUGUUCCAUGCAAGUUUAUCAGUUACCCCAAGAGAAUACUAGCCAACCCGGUCCAUUUGGUUGUGUUUUUUGUUGCCCUACUUUUUUCUUUACCACCUGAUACCUUUGAACAUUCCAAAAUUAGAGUCUAG